UUAUUCCAACCCUGCUGCCCCUGCUGUCCCUGCUGUCGAGGCGGCUUCGAGGUUAUGAUCGUCACAAUUUGUCAGAUUUCACGUGAAAGCAUUAACAAACGAUAACUUUAAGCAACUGAAUCGAUAAAAGGAUAAAUCGGGAAAGAUGCUUGUGUUUAUAAACUCGAGGAGAUUUUUGUAAUUUAAAAUGAGUAGCGUUAAAUUGGAGGUGCAGUGGUCUCCAAUACACUCAAAUAAGUUUAUAACAUGGGGCACCGAGAUAUAUUUGUAUGAAGUCGCCCAAAUCAAAGAAACCGUGAGACCAUCAUGUGUAAAAAUCUCUGAAUCAACCGUCGCUCAUCUUUUGGCAACGAAUACCAGUCAUCAUUAUGUCAAGUGCAUUGACAUUUAUCCACAGCCAGAGCCGGACAUUCUUUUGGCAGUUGGUCAAGCAAAUGGCAAGGUUGUUUUAACGACAUUUGGUCCAACAGCCUUUGAUUCACUAGGCCUUACAGGAAAGGAGUUUGCUCCAAAACAUGCAAGACAGUGUAAUGCCGUCGCUUGGAAUCCAGUAGAUCCUAAUUUAAUUGUUUCUGGAUUGGACAAGUACCGUACAGACCAUUCCGUCUUAUUAUGGGAUGUUCUGAAAUUUCCUCUGGGUUCCGAUAGACCGCAUCAUCAUGGGUCUGCUCAAUCGGAGUCCAUCAGACCGGUAGCAGAGGCUGGAGUCUCGGAGACCGUGCAUUCGCUCGCUUGGUUCAACAAUGAGCCCCGAUGUCUGGUUGCUGGAAUUAAUAAUAAACACCUGAAGAUUAUCGACUUUAGAGAUGCCGUUAAAGUGGUCAAUACCACUCCGACAAAGGCUGUGUAUAAUACAUCGGUGGAUCCUCAUAACGACUACCACUUGGUCUCUCAUGUAGAGAAUCAGAUAACAAUAUGGGACACGAGAUACUUUGAAAAACCUGUCUUAACCUUACUUCAGAGCAGACAGGUCACAAAGGUUUCUUGGUGUCCAACGAGGCACAAUCUUCUAGGAUCGCUACAGAAGGAUUCAGGAGUGCUUCACCUCCAUGACGUCCAACAUUGUGGCAUCGGAGGUGGAGAAGACACAGAGCCUGGUGCUUUGGAAAGAACGGUGGCCCCACCUUGGUCCUGUCCAACGAGCUUUUCUUGGCAUCCGACGCAUGUUAAUAGACUUCUAGCUAUAUCACAACAAGGCUUAACUGAUUAUACUGUAUUCGAAAGGAUCACUGUAAAUUGGUCAGCGCGAUCUCACCUUGCAUGGAAUCAUGCAUCGAAAUCCUUCAAGUAUAUUCACAGUGGUGAUAACAUAUAUAAAGCCUUGGAUGACAUAUCGAUCUUGACAAAGUCCAGAGCAAUAGCAGAAUACGGACUUUUGCCCGAACUGUCUCAAAAUGGAGAACUAGCUGAAGACGAUACGCUGAAGAACUUAUGGCAAUGGUUAUAUUCGAGUCGUUCAUUGGUAGAGGAUGGCACGAUUCCAAGUCCUGAAAAUAAACAUCCUGGUGUCCGGACAGUCCUGAAAUUAGAUGGUCAGCAAAACUCUGGGAAUGGGUUUUUGAAGUCAGAGCUGGUGCAUCGACCAUGGACUGACAUAGGCUCAAAUCACAUGGCAAAGAUAUACAGGUCGAUCGACAGAGACAAAGCACUUCAAUUGUGUGGCUUGCGGUUCGACAAGGAAACUAACUUGUAUAAUAACUUGUUUAUCGAGAGGCUCGAAAGGGAGGGUGCUUACCCAAGGGCAACCGCGAUCUCGGUGUUUAAUCUUUGCUUGCGACAGGCGAUAGAAAUCCUAAACAGGGGUGCUAACAAGAUGGCCCUAUCGACGAACCUUAACAUCGUAGCAAUGGCUCUCUCUGGAUUCUCCGAAGACAGGAACAGCAUGUGGAGGGAGUUGUGCCUGAAGUCUAGAUCUCAGCUCUCCGAUCCCUAUCUGAGAGCUACUUUUGCCUUCUUAACGGCUGACAAUGAUUCCUACGAUGGUGUACUUAACGAGAACGGUAUGGCUGUCGAAGACAGAGUGGCCUUCGCCUUGAUGUUCCUGUCGGACGGCAAGCUAUGCGAGUACCUAAAGAAGCUCACCCAAAAACUUACGGAUGAAGGCAACUUGGCAGGAUUCCUGCUUACCGGGGCUAGUCUCGAGGGAAUUCUACUGUUGAACAGGUACUUGGAAAUUACCGGUGAUGUGCAGAGCUGUAGCCUGUUAGCAAUACGAGCCUUGCCUCCGAAACUUCUGCAGGAAAAUCAGGUUCAAGUCUGGAUAGAGAGUUACAGAACUCUGCUAGAUUCUUGGAAAAUGUGGAACCAGCGAGCACAUUUUGACAUCAUCAUGAGAUCGUCAACCAACGAGAAACCUCCGCAACAAAUGUACAUCUCUUGCAAUUUCUGUGGCAAGAGCAUCUCUGCUUACAUGCAAGGUCUGAGUAGGACAAGAGGACCAUUUGGUAGAUUAGGCAGUACAUCUAAUAAAUUAAAGAUGACGUCCUGUCCAAGUUGUCGGAAGCCUCUGCCUCGCUGCGCUAUUUGUUUAAUGCACAUGGGCACAGUCAGUGGGUUUCAAACAAACUCUGGCAGUGCAAGUAGAAGCGAAGACGAUGGUAAAUUGACAGAGUUCAGUAAUUGGUUUACAUGGUGUCAAACUUGCAGGCACGGAGGGCACGCCAAUCACAUAACAAACUGGUUCCGACAACACGCAGAGUGUCCAGUUACAUCGUGUACCUGUAGAUGCUUCACAUUGGAUGCUUCUUGCAACACAGGAGUUGGAAUUGUAUAAACUGGAAUCAAACUUUUAUACACAAAACAAGCAUCAUGUUCA